AUGAUAGGACGAAAGCCGCGGAUUUGCGCCCUGACUUGCCUCUCUUGGAUAAUCCUCCAGCCCGGGUUUUCCAUGGAUGAAAAGGUAGCUGCCGAGGCAAGGCCUCUGCUUCGAGAACGUCCUAGACGACGACAGCGGUCAACUUUUGCUACCGUCUUGGCUCUUUUAGCAGCUACUGCGCUGAUCGCCUUUUUUCAUCGUCGUCCUGAGUCGAGAUUGGAUGAGAUUGGCCAUGAGUCUGAGCCGGAGCCAUGGAGCUGGAACGACCUAGAGCCUAGCCAAGAUCUCAAGUGGGAGACAUGUUAUACCAAAUUUGAGUGUGCCAGACUCGAUGUCCCUAUGGAUUGGCUCGACCCUUCAGACAAGCAGCGUGUCGUAGUUGGUGUCAUCAAGUUACCAGCAAAGUCCAAAGACAACCCUGUUUCUCCAGUCUUUGUCAACCCCGGUGAUAUUAUCAGCUUCGACCCUCGAGGAGUCGGCGUCUCUACACCUCGCGUAGAAUGCUGGGGCUCAGCCCAAAGGCGAAACCUCUGGACUCUCCAGGAAACACCCAUCGUCGACGAGCGCCCAGGCCUCAUAUACGAUGCCUACGCCCGUGCUUCGGCAUACUCUGGUGCCUGCGAGAUCGCUAUGGAGGAGACGGGUAUCAAUGCCCACCUCGGAACCGCAUCUAUUGCAAGGGAUAUGCUCGAGAUCCUCGACAAGACCGGCCAUGAGAAGCUGCGAUACUGGGGGUUUAGCUAUGGUACUAUUCUUGGAGGUGUUUUUGCUGGAUUGUUUCCUGAGCGUGUUGAGAGACUAGUCAGCGAUGGAAACGUCGAGUAUCACGACUGGUUCAACCUAGACCACAGCAAAUUCAUGUCCGAUGCCGACGCAAUCUUUGACGCCUUUGACAAGGCCUGUCACAAAGUCGGCCCCGAAGCAUGCGCCUUUUACGCCGAAACGCCAAAGGCAGUCCAGCAGCGCCGGAUCAACCUCCUUGAAAGUCUCAAGGCUUCUCCCGUUCUCAUCCCCGCGUGGUCUCACCCUUCGGGACCAGACCUACCGCGAUUGGUCACCUACUCGGAUGUUCAGCGACUUACGCAGCGAUGUAUCUACUCGCCGCUCGUCAAAUUUCCUCAAUUGGCCAAGAUCUAUGCCUCACUUGAGGGAGGUGACGGUGGACCUUUUUACGAUAUGUUGAUGGCGAGUGGUGGCGGUGCACUCGAGUCUAGCAAGAUGUGCUCCCUGGGUGACACUCCUUCUACAAGUCCCCUGGAGACAGCCAUGGAACUGGAUGCCUUCCCAACCAUCAUGUGUCUCGAUGCCGCAGCCGUCGAAAAGACACCAGAAGAAUUCGAGGCUUAUCUCAAACGAGUCAAGAGCAUCAGUCGUUGGGCGGGUGCCUUCAACAUCAACUUCCAUCUCUCCUGCGUGGGGAGAAAGACAAGGCCCAAGUGGCGCUUCUCAGAGAAGGAUAUCAAGAAAGACACUGCUCAUCCUAUCCUAUUCAUUGGAAACAUGGCCGACAACGUGACGCCCCUGCAGAGCGCCUUCAACAACUCGGCCAGGUUCCCCAGCUCAGUCGUCCUCAGGCAAAACUCAUACGGGCACUGCUCACUCGCCGCACCGUCGACCUGCACCGUCCAAUACAUCCGCAAGUACUUCCAGGACGGCACCCUCCCACCGGCUGGUUCCGAGUGUGACCCUGACUAUGACCUGUUUGAGAUGCCAGCCAAGGGGGAGGAGGCGACGAGCCUGGAUGAGCUCACGGCGGCAGUUCUGGAGUUGGUGCGUGAGGUUGAUAUUCCCAAGGGUAUCUGGUAG